GAGCUCUACGAUAUGAGUCUACCCGUGUGGUGUUAUAAUAGAGCAAUGUUGGACACUGGUGGGCAGAAGGGAGGAAAACGCUGUUUACACAGACUGCAAAGCGCCUGGGGAAUAAUGUAGGAAAGGAAGUGAGCCGGCUCUCUGUCUGACUGCUCCAACUUCCUGCUCUCUCUAGCUCACUAGCACUCACACACUCUCACUCAGAAAUCAGGAUCUCAUUACAGAGAAGCUGAGCAGUUGAGGCGGCAGGCAGCAUGGAAAACAAGGGGAAUUUACUAUUUUCGUUGUAAAAACCUUAAAGAAGGGAACAAAACAUCACAGGUCUGGUUAUGGAGAGUGCUAUCACACUGUGGCAAUUCCUGCUUCAGUUACUGUUGGACCAGAAGCAUGAAAACUUGAUCUGCUGGACAUCCAAUGAUGGGGAGUUCAAGCUGCUGAAGGCGGAGGAGGUAGCCAAGCUCUGGGGGCUUCGGAAAAACAAAACUAACAUGAACUAUGAUAAGCUGAGCAGAGCUCUCAGAUACUACUAUGAUAAGAACAUUAUCAAAAAGGUGAUUGGGCAAAAGUUUGUGUACAAGUUUGUGUCUUUCCCAGAGAUUUUAAAAAUGGACCCUCACACAGUGGAGCUGGGCCGAGACAGCUUGCUGCUGCAGGACAGCGAGACCUUGAAUCUUGAGACUAAAGAACAACAGAAGCAUGCCCUUUCUGCCCUGAGGCAUGCUGGUCGCAAUGACUAUAUUCACUCAGGCCUCUAUUCCUCGUUUACCAUCAGCUCUCUUCAGAAUCAGGGAGAGGUGUUCAAAUCAAUAAAAGUGGAAAAACCAGAUGAGAAACUGGAAGGUGCCCAGCCAGCAGACGAGGCGAGGACUGUAAUCCGCUUUGUUACAAACAAAUCGGAGAAACACGUGCCUCUGAUGACACCGUCUAUGCCAUCCUCCCCUUGUUCAUCUGCUGAGGCCCUUGAGUCGACUGCCUUUUUGACGUCCUCCAUCUCUGCAAAAUCGCCGUCCACAGUGAUGUCAGGUCACACCUCCAAAUUCUCCCCAUCCGUUUCUCCCAGUUCUCCUCUCCUGUCAGGAAGCAGGAGUCCUGAUCCGGAGACAGAUGACUUGGAACAGUGUUCACAACCUCUGAACCUUUCUGCCAGCCACAAGGCCAGAUCCCCCCACCUGUCUGAAAAGAGGAACAGCAACACCCUUCCUCCAAAGGCCAAGAAGCCCAAAGGACUGGAGAUUUCCGCCCCUUCUUUACUCCUCUCAGGCACUGAUAUCGGUUCCAUUGCCCUCAAUAGCCCCGCACUUCCCUCAGGGUCUUUGACGCCAGCCUUUUUCACUGCACAAACGCCUUCAGGACUGUUGUUAACUCCCAGCCCGUUGCUGUCUAGCAUUCACUUCUGGAGCAGUUUGAGUCCAGUGGCUCCUCUUAGUCCUGCCAGGCUGCAGGGACCAAACUCUUUAUUUCAGUUUCCUACAUUAUUAAAUGGCCAUAUACCAAUGCCCAUUCCAAAUCUGGAUGGAUCAUCUUCCCCGAUGCUACUUCCUGCAAGCGGCCAGAAGUCCUGAUUGCCGAGUGAAGGGGGUGUCACUUCUCUAGAUGUGAAGUUCAAAUCAGCGUUUGGUUUUGCACAUUAACUGAAUUGAAGAAUCUGUUAUUGUGUAAAGAGCUAGUAAUCUUUGCUAACCCGCCUUGGGGCCUCUUGUGUCAUGAGCUGGUUUCCUUAGGAAGCUGUGAAUUGGAUUCUUUUGUGUGUCUGUGUUACUUUGUAUUGUAUACACUUGUGCUUAAAUGUUACCACCGGCUGUGCCUUCAUGUAUAAAAUUUUAUGUACUAUGUAAAUGUAUUUUCCAGCUUUAAAAAAAAAAAA